UGUUUCUGCUGCAUGAGAGGAUGACCGGUGUAAAUCAAUUUUCUGUUCUGAAAAGCCCCACAGACUACACAAUGAUCACCACUGAAGUUCUAUGAUCUUCCUCUUUCACAUUCUUUAUAAAGCUUUUUAACUGAAAAGUCAUAGAACAAGGUGGCUUUAGAAACACAUUUUGGAAAAAUUAACAAUUUAAUCUGCAAAGUUAGUGACUACCUGAAAUGGCACAGCACGGGCAGCUUUCCAGUCUACAGUAUCUGAGCAGCUUCCACUAUUUUCAACGUAUUUCCCCGCACUAUGGCUAUGAAGGAGACCUACAAGUAAUGAAGGAGAAGGAGUUCAGUAGAAUUAAAGACAUAACUUACUUGGACCAUGCUGGUGCUACACUCUUCCCUCAGUCACAGGUUAAGAAUUUUAUGAAGGAUUUGGAGGAAAAUGUCUAUGGAAACCCGCACAGUCACAACAUGAGCAGCCAGCUAACACGUGAUACCGUGGAGCGUGUCCGAUACAGCUUUGUGCCCUGAUACGUCAGUGUGAUGCUCAGCGAGCUAUGGCAGGCAGUCAACAGCAGACCAUCCGUGGGAAAAC